CCGGUGCAGAAACUGAACCUGAAACUGAAACACAGCAGCAGGGCCAUGGGAGAGAAAGGAAGGUGAAAGUAAAACAACAACUAUUGGAGCCUCGGACCUCAAGAAGGAUCGUAACCAAUACAAAUACAAAUUCAAAAUUGCAAUAAGCGCUGCUGUCACUCAUUUUUUCUCUGCACAAAGGUGAGUAAACAAUGUGGGAACCUGGCGGCAGCGGCGGAGGAGACGGCGGCGGAGCGGCGCGCCGGAAGCCGUCCUGGAGAGAGAGAGAGAACAACAGGAGGAGAGAGAGGCGGAGACGAGCCAUUGCAGCUAAGAUUUACUCCGGCCUGCGAGCUCAGGGCAAUUACAAUUUGCCUAAACAUUGCGACAACAACGAAGUCCUCAAAGCCGUCUGCGCCGAGGCCGGCUGGGUCGUCGACUCCGACGGCACUACUUAUCGCAAGGGAUGCAAGCCAAUGCCAAUGGAGAUAGUCGGGACAUCGACGAAUAUUUCGACGAACAUUUCAACAAACAUUUCGACGAACAUUACCCCGGGAUCGUCGCGAAAUCCUAGCCCUCCAUCAUCCUACUUCGCCACCCCGAUCCAAUCGAACCACCCGAGCCCGUCCCGUCCCGAUAACCCCAAUCAAUUGCCGCCAAACCCAUUCGCAUUCCUCCUUAACUCAAUCCCGCCUCUCCGAAUAUCGAACAGCGCCCCCGUCACCCCGCCGCUCUCGUCCCCGACGAGACUCCCCCAACAGCCCUUCUUGAACAUCCCUUUCUUUGCUGCCUCCUCCGCCCCUGCAAGCCCGACUCGUUUGCGACGCUUUAAUCCCAUCCCGAUCCCCGAAUGCGACGAGUCAGAUGCGUCCACUGUCGAUUCGAGAAGGUGGAUUAGCUUCCAAACGUACGGGAAUGCGGGAGCUAAUACCGUCCCGACUUCCCCGACGUUCAAUCUUGUGAAGCCAGGCCCUCAAGUGGGUUCGGGUAAGGUCGACGUUAAGGGGAAGGGGGCGGAGAUCGAUUUUGAGAAAAUGGCGGUGAAGGCAUGGGAAGGGGAGAGGAUCCACGAGGUCGGGGUGGAUGAUCUCGAGCUCACACUAGGUAACGGGAAUACCCGCGUUUAGAUUAUUUUUUGGAUCGUAUAUCGAAUCGAAUCUCGAUUAUUCUUGCAUAUGUUGUUAGCUGUCUGGAGAUUGUGUUUGUGUUGGAAUUCUUGGUUUGUUUUGUUGUCUAAAUUCGCAGCAUGAAUCUGUCUCUUGUCCGUUUAGAAUUGUUUGGGGAAAUUGUUAUUGUUGAGAACUUGAAGAAUUGCAUUUAAUUUGUAGAUAGACAUUUUUCUUGAGGUUUCUGGAAAGUGUUGUGUUGUUAUUAUACAUUAGUUUUUAUUUGAUGCUACACUAUUGUUUUUUCUUUUCUUG